ACUCCAAUUAAACUACAUCUAUUUCUAUUCCCUUUGGUUUUUCAUACAAAAAAAAAAAGUUUGGAAUCUUAUACUCCGUAGAAAAUAAUCAUGUUAGCAAUAUUUCACAAGGCUUUUGCUCAUCCACCAGAAGAGCUGAAUAGUCCAGCUUCACAUAGAGGUCCAAAAAAACCUAAAUUACCUGAAGAAACCCUCAGUGAUUUCAUCUCUACCCAUGACCCGAUUAACACCUUCUCUAUGAGCUUUGGUCAAGCUGCUGUUCUUGCUUAUGUUCGACCCGAACCAGCUAAUCCACUCAAUCAACUGUUAUUUUGUGGGAAUGAUGAUAUAUAUUGUUUGUUUAAGGGGAGUUUGGACAAUUUGUGUGGGUUGCUAAAACAAUAUGGGUUAUCUAAAAGUACAAAUGAAGCUAUGUUGGUAAUUGAGGCUUAUAGAACGCUUAGGGAUCGUGGGCCUUACCCUGCUGAUCAAGUGAUUAAGGAUCUUGAAGGAUGUUUUGGGUUUGUUAUUUACGAUAGUAAGACUGGAACUGUCUUUACUGCUCUGGGUUCGGAUGGGGGAAUGAAGCUAUAUUGGGGAAUUGCUCUGGAUGGCUCAGUGGUAAUUUCAGAUGAUUUAGAGGUUAUUAAAGCUGGAUGCGCUAAAUCAUUUGCUCCUUUCCCAGCAGGGUUUAUGUUCCAUAGCGAAGGAGGAUUGAUGAGUUUCGAGCAUCCAAUGAACCAAGUGAAGGCAAUGCCAAGGGUGGACAGCCAAGGGGUGAUAUGCGGAGCAAAUUUCAACGUGGACAAGUUCAGUCGUAUAAAUAGCAUGCCUCGUACUGGUAGCGCCGCAAAUUGGUCUCAAUGGGAUACUCAUAUGAAUGAGGCUGCUUGAUGAUAUAACUUCUUCUACAAAACUCAGGCAGCAGAAUAAUAAACGAUCUCCCCUGUUAUGUUAAAAUCUUCAGACAUAUACCAAAGUACUCCGUUUGUGAUAUGGAUCGUGCCAUAGGGUGUACAUUACUAGACGUUUCUUGUUUUCUUUCUUUUUCUGUUUUCCCAAACUAGGGAUUAAUGACUGAAUUUCUUUGGCUUAAUAAUACUUGUGUGCGGUUCAACUUGGAGGAUUAA